AAAUACUGUGAAUAAACAGUUAAAUCCAUAGUUUUUCAUGCCAUUUGUAUCAAAUCAUAUGUAAAUCAAGAAAUGCAAUAUAUGUGUUUAAUAUUGUGUAGGAUGGAGCACUGGAGACUGUAAGCCUGAAAGAGUGCAAACACAGCAGUUUUCAUUUAAGCUACACACAAAAAAAGCAAACACUUUUAACCUAACUUAACCAUUCACUUAUUAAAAAUAAGACGAUCAUGUUGAGUUCAUCUAGCUGUUGAGUUUUUGUCUUUUGAAAUACAUGCAGCUAUGAAUGAGAACUAUCUUAUCAAGUUACAGGUUAAGGACCCUCUAAAUUUGUGCGUGAUAAGAGCUAAAAAAGUGCACCGUUGGCAGGCCUGAUAAAAAAAAGAGAACUAGAUCAAGGAAGUUCUCACAAAAAAAAAUGCCUGGAUAAAGUUGUGAUAUGACUGAGUAUAAAAGCACAAACCUCUCAGAGCUGCAUCAAAGUCUUCACACAGAUUGUUAAGAUGAGGCUGCUGCUCUUAGUGGGAAUGCUGACAGCAUGUGCUGCAAUAACCCAAGAUCUGUCUGGCAAGAUGUUCACAUUCCCACUUGAAACCAACACAACUCAUGUGAAGCUAAGAACUACAAAACAGGAUUUUAAUGCAGUAACUGUUUGUCAAAGAUCCUUUACAGAUCUCAAAAGAAUCCACGUCCUAUUUUCUUUAGCCGUACCCACUUUUGCAAACGGCUUUAUGCUUCUUUGGGAUGGCUCUGACGAAUUGGAGUUCUAUACCCAGAAUAAAUUUGCAGUAUUUGCAAAACUUGACUACAAGCUAAACACAUGGCACUCUAUCUGCAUCACAUGGGACUCGGCGUCUGGAUUGGCACAGAUGUGGUUGGAUGGACUCCCAUCAGUUAGAAAAUUUACCAUCUCUGGAUCAAAAAUCAGAGGAGCUCCCAUAAUUAUGUUAGGACAGGAGCAGGACAGCCACGGUGGCGGGUUUGAUAUAAACCAGUCUUUCGUUGGGAUGUUGUCUGAUGUCCACAUGUGGGAUUACGUCCUCUCUGCCUGUGAGAUCCAGAAGUAUGUGGAUGAACGAAACUUCACUCCAGGAAAUGUGCUGAACUGGGCGGCUCUGGAUUAUCAGAUAAUAGAAAAAGUGAUGGUAGAGAAUAAAGCAAUGGUUUGUACUUAAACUGUUCAAUUAAUUCCAUCACUUACAAAAAAUCCCAGUCAUAAAAUAAUGCCUGAUAUUCAAUCAUUGCUCUUUUUAUUCUUUUUUUUGUUGUUGUUGUUGCUUUUUUUGAGACAUGCUUUUCAUAGGAAAAGAAUAACACACUCCCCACCCACUCAUUCUCCAGUGAGACACACACUGGUAUAUAAUGAGUAUGAGACACUGUCUUCCUGUCACACAACCAGUCUAACAGAAUGCUUUAUGUGAGGGACAGGAAGAUUGUAACUAUCUGUUCUUAUAAAAGCUUUGUUUUGUCUAUUAAUAAAUGAGAAAAGCCUGUAUUGCAUA